CGUUGGGUACAGACGAUGAUCUUUGCGAUUCGGGAAAUAAACGAAGACAGCACUCUCCUUCCGCAUUUGAGGCUGGGCUAUCGGAUAUACGACACGUGUGCCACACACACCCAGUCUCUUCGAUCAGCAUUGGCAUCGACGAAUGGAAGAAUGGACACGGUGUCCAGCCAGAACUGUGAAGGAUCUGCCUUCAUUCCUGUGAUAGUCGGUGACUCGGGUUCAACACAGUCCAUGAUCAUACAACACACUCUGGGUGCCUUCAGAGUUCCAAUGGUCAGCUACUUUGCAUCCUGUGCAUGUCUGAGUCACAGGAAUAAAUUCCCGGCCUUUUUCCGAACUAUGCCAAGCGAUGCCUAUCAGGCCCAAGGUGUGGCCCAGCUGGUGCACCGAUUUGGCUGGACAUGGGUGGGUUCAGUGGCUGGUGAUGAUGACUAUGGCCGCAAUGGUAUUCAAGCAUUCAGUGAUGAAGUCAGAAGGCUGGGGGUGUGCAUUGCCUUUGCUGAAAUAAUUCCAAAAAUAUACACCAGGCAAAAGAUCCUUCAAAUUGCAGAGACGAUUAAAGCAUCGACUGCCAGGGUCAUCGUCAUUUUUGCCAUUGAGGGAGAUGCGUAUCCUUUAAUCCAAGAAAUCGUGAGACAAAAUAUCACUGGAAAGCAAUGGAUAGCAAGCGAGGCCUGGGUCACAUCUGCGUUGAUCGCAACCAAAGAGAAUCUCCCCCUUCUGUCUGGGACAAUAGGGUUCGCAAUUCGCAGAGGUGAGAUUCCAGGUCUGAGGAAUUUCUUGCUUGAAGCCCAUCCAUUCAAAACUCCGAACAAUCUCUUUGUGAAUGAAUUGUGGGAGAUGAUAUUUAAGUGUUCUCUAAAUAUAUCCAGUAGCAUCACAGCAAAGAACGCUUCGAGGUCAACUCAGAACCAAUGCACUGGGUCAGAGGACUUAAACAGUACGUACAAUAUAUAUUCAGAUGUGUCCCAGCUGAGGGUUUCUUACAACGUGUACAAGGCUGUAUAUGCAAUAGCUCAUGCCCUUCACAACUUAAAUGCUUGCAAAAAUGGUAUUGAACCAAAUAAUACCUGUGCUAACAUCUUUAACUUCAAACCAUGGCAGCUGCUCCAUUACCUGAAGAAGGUGAAUUACACAACUAAAUUGGGGGAGACAGUUUCCUUCGAUGGGAAUGGAGACCCACUUGCCUCCUACGACAUCGUCAACUGGCAAGAAGAAGCAGAUGGGUCCGUUAAGUAUGUUCAUGUUGGCAGGUUUGAUGCAGCUUCAGAUUUGGAACAUGAUCUGCAGAUAAAGGAAGAAAAUAUCAUUUGGCAUGGCAAACAAACCUCGGUCCCUCGGUCAGUGUGCACGGAGAGCUGUCCUCCAGGUACCAGAAAAGCAGUUCUGAAAAGACAGCCAGUUUGUUGCUCGAAGUGCUUGCUGUGUCCAGACGGAGAGAUCAGUAACACCACAGAUUCUGUCAACUGUAUUCUGUGCGCUCCAGAAGACAGGCCCAACCCAAUGAGGAAUGAGUGCAUCCCAAAACAUCUGGAGUUUCUGUCAUUUGAUGGUACCAUGGGGAUCACCUUGACAACCGUGUCCCUGUUGGGAGAGGCCAGCACAGUGGGUAUUGCAGGAGUGAUCUGGUACUACAGGAAAACCCCCAUCGUCCGAGCCAACAACUCCGAGCUCAGCUUCUUGCUUCUCUUCUCUCUGGCUCUGUGUUUCCUCUGCUCCUUGACCUUUAUCGGGCAGCCCUCAGUCUGGUCCUGUGUGCUCAGGCACACGUUGUUCGGCAUCAGCUUCGUUCUCUGCAUCUCCUGCAUACUAGCCAAGACCCUGGUAGUGCUGAUAGCAUUUAAGGCAACUCUCCCCGGCAGCAAUGUGAUGAAAUGGUUCGGGACCCUGCAGCAAAUCCUGGGGGUCUUGGUCUGUACAGCAGUCCAGCUUGUGACCUGCCUGGUGUGGCUGCUCCUUGCCCCCCCAUUCCCAGUGAAGCAGACCAAGUACUAUAAGGAGAAGAUUAUCUUUGAGUGCGAUUUAGGCUCGGUGGCUGCCUUCUGCUGUGUACUGGGUUACAUUGGCUUUCUGGCAUGUCUCAGCUUUGUUCUCGCGUUCUUGGCUCGGAAACUCCCCGAUAAUUUCAACGAAGCCAAGUUCAUCACCUUCAGCAUGCUGAUCUUCUGUGCGGUGUGGCUGGCCUUCAUACCAGCCUAUGCCAGCUCUCCUGGGAAGUACGCCGUGGCUGUUGAGAUCUUUGCCAUUUUGGCCUCCAGCUUUGGCCUACUCAUCUGCAUAUUUGUUCCCAAAUGUUACAUCAUCCUGCUAAAACCAGAGCAAAACACAAAGAAAUAUCUCAUGGGAAAAACAGGCCAACAAAAGGCUUAA